UGACGCGUGCACGAGCACACAGGCAAGCAGCAGCAGUAGCAGUAGAGCCAGACUGAAGCAUCUUCCUCCUCCUCCUCCUCAGCUUGAUCGCCACCGAACCUUCGACUCUCUUCCCCACUCCAGGCCGUCCUCAAGGCUCUCUGCUCCGGCCUAAGCAUGCUCGCCUCCUCGGCCCUGCUCGCGGUGCUCCUGGCGGGGCUCGCGGCCGCAGCGUCCUCGGUGGAAGUGUUCGAUAACCAGCUGGGCGACAUCAGCUACUGCAAGAAGCAAUGUCAGCUCGCCAUCAGAAACAGAAGCCCCGCUAAAGAUUCCAUAAUGAAUGCCUGCCACCGCGGGUGUCGCCUGUACUCCAUCUGCCAGUUUGUCAACGGCAACGCUGGUUUCAACACCAGCAAGGACGAGUGUCAGGGAGCCUGCCAGGAAGCUUAUGUCAAACUUCUGGAGCAGGAAGCCUGCAGUACCGGCUGCUCAAGCCAGCCCUCUGAGCCCGAGAUCAAGAGGAGAAAGCUCAAGGCCAUGACUCUGCGCCCCAAGCCGCCCUCAGUCAUGGAGGCUGUAUCCAGUUGGUGCAACGACAUCGUCAGCUCCGCCCAGAGUUUCAUCUCCUCCACUUGGACCUUCUACCUGCAGGCGGAUGACGGCAAGGUUGUUGUCUUUCAGAGCCAACCAGAGAUGGAAUACUCUCUUCCCGAGCUGCAGGCUCCUCGCUCCAACGUGGCUGACAGUCCUUGGCCUCCGGUGCACUCCCACACGCAGAAGCCUCACGGUGUGAGGGGGCGUGGUGAGAAGGGAGGAGCCAAAGCAGGAAGCAGGGGUAAACACCAGGUGCAGCACGUCGACGACACAGCGUCUGAACACGACUUCCUCGGCUGCAUGUCAAGACGUUCGGGUCUUCCUCGGUGGAUUUUAGCAGCGUGUCUGUUCUUGUCUAUCAUGGUCAUGUUGUGGCUCAGCUGUGCCAGCCUGGUGACCGCGCCAGAUCAGCACAUCAAAACGCAGCUGAGCAUCAAUGGGGAUAAGGAGUUUUUAGACAACGGCCGCCACAAGGUGAACCCGUACCACCUGAGUCCUCUGCUGGCUGUCAGCGUCAAGCAGGUGCCGGAGGAGGAGGACGGCCAGGAGGCGGGACCGCUGCCUGUGAAGGUGGACCUCAACAAGACACGUGUGUAAGAAGAAGAUGCUAAGAUGCUUUAAGACACGAGGAAGACUCACUCAAUCACUGGAUUUUUUAAAAAUGAUUUUUAAAGAGCAUGGCACCCUACAGUUCACUCAACAGACUUUAUGGAGGUAAUCUCAUCAAAUCCUGCUAACAUAAAGUUAACGGAGAGCUUCAACAUCUUUUCUCUCAUUAAUUCAAUCCACGUUAAAUGAAGAAGUAGAAUGAAAUGAAAGUGUAUUUAUUGUGACUAAAGAGUGUGAUUGAAGUGCCAUGCAUUGCCUGUUAAAUAUAUUGUAAGCUAAACUGAAGGAAGGCCUCGCCUACUACUAUUGUAUUAUUAUGAUUAUUCCCAUCAUGUUAUUGCUCUUACAGCAGUUUCAAGUAUACUGUAUGUGCCAUGUGCUUUCUUACAAUAAAUAGCUGACUAUUUUGUAUGUACCAGGAGCACAUACUGUACUAAAUAUACAAAGCAUUUUUUUAGUUUUUCUGAAGGAGCAGAGUUGCACAGUCGUAGAAACAUUUUAUUAUAUUAGUUUGUGCGUUUUUGCCGUCUUGUAAUGCUUUUUUUUUUUUUUUUUGAUGGCAGGCUGUAUGCCGACAAAUAAACCGUGCAUGCAAGAGUGAAGCUUCUUCAGCAGUUCAGUCCUCCUCUUACGGACACUUACUGUAGCUUUGUGACUUUAUAGUGCUCCUGUUGCUGUUAAUACAUGGUUAGAAUGUGUAACAUAAUAUUAAUAAUAAUAAUGAAUGCCAAUAUCAUCACAAGGACUUGUUAAGAUGAUUAAGAAAAAAAGAAGCCAUUCAGUCAAUAUCCAGAGGUAUAUCACAAAAUAAUAUGAUGCAUUGUUUCCUUUUUACGGCUCUGUUCAUUUUCAAGGAGAUGAUAAUUGCAACAUAAUAAAGUGUUUUCAUCGUU